AUGCUACACGCCAUGGAUAUGGAAAAUUGUCACAAAAAUGCUGAAGGUAACAUCCUAACUUCCGAUCAGCUAGGAAGUGCCUUCCGUGUAGUUCCUCCGAAACGACCGAAGGGUGGAAACAAGGUAAAAGAGUCUUCAAAUAAAUCCCGUUCUCUACGUAUUGAAUCCACUCUUAAACCGGAAUACCGACCUUUGGGGUUAACUUCUUGGACCCCUGAGUUUUUACCAAACUCCCUCGUCCUAUCUGAAGGCUACCAACCAUCACUUUACUGCGGACCCUCAACUUCAACAUCCACACUUUUCAGCCUUGGAAUCCCAGAUCCAAGAGGAUUCUUGUCGUCAACUCACGAUAAAUUCUUCCCACCCUUCCCUGGAAGGUUAACGACAUGCUUUGGAUUCCCCUUCUAUACCUAUACGACUCCCUGUUCCACAAAAUCUGGGUUUUCUAUUAGGUCCCAAUCUGACACCAUUCCAAAGUCUACAGCACUAGGGGACGUUUUUUCUUGUGUUAAGUGCAGCAAAAUGUUCAGCACUCCCCACGGUCUGGAGGUACACGUGCGCCGAUCUCACAGCGGCAAGAGACCUUUUGCUUGUGAACUGUGUAAUAAAACAUUCGGCCACGAAGUAAGCUUGAGCCAGCACCGUGCCCUCCAUACCGCAGAGAAGAGUUUCGAGUGCAAGCAGUGCGGGAAGACUUUCAAGAGGUCGUCCACCUUAUCCACUCAUCUGCUAAUCCACUCCGAUACCAGACCCUACCCGUGUCAGUACUGUGGUAAACGGUUCCAUCAGAAGUCGGACAUGAAGAAACACACCUACAUCCACACAGGAGAAAAGCCUCACAAGUGUAGUCUCUGUGGUAAAGCUUUCAGUCAGUCGUCCAACUUGAUAACUCACUGCAGAAAGCACACUGGCUACAAACCAUUUACUUGCGACAUCUGUGGGCGAGCUUUCCAACGAAAGGUGGAUCUUCGACGUCACAAGGAAACGCAACAUGCUAGAGGUCAGCAGUUGCACCAGUAGGAGGAAUCGAAUACCACGCUAAGUGUUUGGUUGGAACCAAUAAGAACGUACGUUCGCGUAGCGGGUUCCGAGAGCUACUAGUGGAAAAGUUGGAAUUGAAAAUAGAAUUAAUAAAUCAUGUUUCUAAGAGCAUAAGAGUACCAUCUUAUGUACAAGUCGGUAUCGGUGAUGUUUUCAUCAAGCAAGGACUACGGGAUCAGUA